AAUGGAUGGGUCUUUCUCUGCCAGGGCUCACUGUGCGUGUGUGGGGACAUACUCCUCUUAUAAAUAGUGGAGUUGGUAGCACUCGAAAUAUUAGUUUGGAACAGAGCGAACGACACGUUGGAUCAACGAUAAAAGCAGCAAAAGGACUACUACUUCAAAAAAACAUAAAAAAGGAUAUACAAAACUACAAUGAACAACAAUUACAUCAUCAUAUUGCAAUUGCUGGGAGCGAUGGUGUUGCUAAGCUAUGCAAAUGCAAUCCCAAAAUAUGAAGAGAGUCAUAAGUUCUAUGCGGACAAAGUACAGCGGGAUAGGUCGUACUAUAACGAAAAUAAAACGCAACCCAGUGAACCGCAAACAGCUUCUACAAAGGAUAGACUGGAACGACUGGGAUAUACCACCGGUUAUGGAUCUCUAAAUGGUUAUCCUGGCGGUACAGGACUUUCCGCCUACAAUCCCAUAAAACUGGACCUAGGCGGUGUUGUUUUGGGAACCCUUGUGGGCAUUGGCGCCAUCAUACUGAUCCCAAAAAUUCUUUCAGCCUUCCAUGGCGGCUACGGAGGAUACGGUCGAAGUGAGGAUAGUGACCUGACACCCCUUAGCAGCAUGAUAAACAAAAUCGACGAUGUACUGGGUCAGAAUAAUAUUGACUCCACGAGCUGUAUGCAGCGUGCUGUUUGUGGUUAUGUUCGCUCCACGGAGCAUAAUAUGAAGAUCGGAUCUUCUGACCAGAUGGACGAAUUUAUUCACAUGCUAUCGGAAAAUGCUCUGGUGGAUUACCUACUUGAUGGAACGGCUAUAAAAGAGGCGUUGGAGCACGGAAAACGAUCCAACGAUAGGGCGUGUGAAGAGGUGUAUUCCAAUUGCCCCCUCGACAGUAAAUCAGCCACGGAUAUUCUGAUGAAACUUAUGCCGAAGAAGAACUCCCAGGGAAAGGGAAAGUCAUCUGGAAUUUCUCGAGAAAAGAAGGCUUAACUUUGUACGUUAAAUGUUUAUUAAGAAUGUUUUCCCCACACUAACAACCAAAUAUUUUGUCAACAUUUAAAUAAAUUCCAUUGUAUUAUUUUUAUUCAAGUAUUUUUUGUGCAUUGUUUAACAAGCUUUUAUAAACUAAUUUUUAAAGCCUAAGGCCAUUAAU